CCUUUGCAAAGGGCGGGGGGGGUGAGCAGGCGGAUCCUCAGCUGCUGUUGCUGUUGCUGAUCCGUGUCACUGCCUCUGCCUCCCUCUCUCACCCUUGUUUUGUUGUUAUUGUUGUUGUUGCAAAGAUGGCAACCGAGGGGCUGAAGGAGAACGAGACGCUGGCCUCGCUGAAGAACGAGGCGGAGAGCCUGAAGGGCAAGCUGGAGGAAGAGAGAGCCAAGCUGCACGACGUGGAGCUUCAUCAGGUUGCAGAGCGAGUGGAGGCUUUGGGUCAGUUUGUGAUGAAGACGCGAAGGACGUUGAAAGGCCACGGCAAUAAAGUCCUCUGCAUGGACUGGUGCAAAGAUAAAAGAAGAAUCGUCAGUUCUUCCCAGGAUGGGAAGGUGAUUGUUUGGGAUGGCUUCACUACCAAUAAGGAACAUGCCGUGACCAUGCCUUGUACUUGGGUGAUGGCCUGUGCCUAUGCCCCGUCAGGAUGCGCCAUUGCUUGUGGAGGCCUAGACAACAAAUGUUCUGUGUACCCACUGACAUUCGAAAAAAAUGAGAAUAUGGCAGCGAAGAAGAAAUCGGUCGCCAUGCAUACCAACUACCUGUCAGCCUGCAGCUUCACUAAUUCAGAUAUGCAGAUCUUGACUGCGAGUGGAGAUGGCACUUGCGCACUUUGGGAUGUGGAAAGCGGGCAACUUCUGCAGAGCUUUCAUGGCCACGGGGCGGACGUCUUGUGUCUCGAUUUGGCUCCUUCGGAAACGGGGAACACAUUUGUGUCAGGGGGGUGUGACAAAAAAGCCAUGGUAUGGGACAUGCGGACUGGGCAGUGUAUUCAAUCUUUUGAAACCCAUGAAUCGGAUAUUAACAGUGUCAGAUAUUACCCAAGUGGAGACGCCUUUGCCUCUGGCUCAGAUGAUGCCACAUGUCGUUUAUAUGAUCUGCGAGCAGACAGAGAAGUUGCCAUUUAUUCCAAAGAGAGCAUCAUCUUUGGAGCAUCCAGCGUGGACUUUUCUCUUAGUGGCCGCUUGCUGUUUGCUGGUUACAACGACUACACCAUCAACGUGUGGGAUGUUUUGAAAGGGGCUCGCGUGUCGAUCUUGUUCGGCCAUGAGAAUCGAGUCAGCACUUUGCGCGUUUCCCCUGAUGGGACUGCAUUCUGCUCAGGAUCAUGGGAUCAUACUCUAAGAAUCUGGGCUUAAUCAGCAGUGCUUUUUCCCAAAUACACACAAAAAUGACAUCAUGAGAUCAACCUGCUUGCUUCCCUUCUAAAAAAUUCUCAAUUCGGGGGGCAGAGGGAAAGCUGCAGCAAAGAAACCAAUUGCAACACGGUGAUCGUCAAAAGACGAAAUGCUCCAUUGUCAGUGUUUACCACGUUGUUGCCCAAAUGCAAACACUACUAGUUAGAAAAGGGUCAUAUCCUUUUAUCAUACAGUUUUUUUAAAAAGAGAAAGAGAAAAAAAUCUGUGUGUGGUAUAAUAAGCUGUUUUUAAUUCUGUUUUGGAAACUACCUUAGAAAUAGUUUACGCCAGACUCCUACUGAAACAACCUGCAAAACCAGAGUUUAGUAUCUUAGUGCACAUUCUGUAUGUGGUCCUUGCAUGAGAUUACGUUUCUUACUAAAGUCAACUUGGAAAUAAAUCAGACUUUAGCUUUUUAAUCAGGGUAUUCAAGGGCUUCUUGACACAUUCCAUGGAAGCAGCAAGAGAGAAAUGUGGAGCGAUUUAUACUUGCUCCCCCUGCUUUCCGAGACUUGGAUAAGAACCAAAUGGAAGGUAGUAAUUAGAGCGUCAAACUAGGCCUGGGUUCAAAUCCGCGCUCAGACAUAACACUCCCUGGGUGACUUCGAGCCCAAUUCCUGAUUCUCAUCCUAGCCUACCUCAUCGGGGUUUUGUGAGGAGAACAUGCCGAGAACCUGUACACUGCCUUGACCGCCUUUGAAAAAGAAGCGGGUUGUAAAAAUAUACGGUAAAGAAUGGGAUGUGCGAAAAUCCCUUUGACAUGUGGGGUCUGCUUUGGUGAUCGCACAUGCAUUUCCUCUCCUCCUGAACAUGGAGGAGGAGAAAUUUGAUGCUGCUUCUCUUCCGUUCUCUUUCUUUCUCUGCUUUUGUGGAAUGUGUAAAUCAGCCCUGAGUCUUGAAACAUUCCUUUGUUGGGAAGAGAGGAAGCCAAGGGAGUGCCAUUCGGAAAGAUUGAAAUCAGCAGGGUUUUGCUGUCGGUUUAUUUAUGUUUGAUAUAGUUGUACCUGUUGGUUGUUUGCUGCUUAACCCCAGUGCUUCCAGAGAGAGGGCUGCUAUGUCUUUCCAUACGAAAGCACUAUCUGUGGCCAGAUUUAGUGGUGAGUAGUGACCUUGGAGACUUAGUGGUGAGUAGUAUUAGAAGGAGAAAGUGACCUUGGAGACGAAGGCUGAAAUCCCAAUUGAGGGAGUUGGUCCUCCAGGUAUUUGGGACUCAGGCUACCAGAAGCUCCUAUUGCCAGCUUGUCCAGUGGUCAGGGAUUUUGGGAGCUAAAGUCCAAAACACUGCAGGUUGUGCAGGCCUGAGCUAGAGAUUUACAGUAGAGUCCCACUUAUCCAACAUAAACGGGCCGGCAGAAUGUUGGAUAAGUGAAUAUGUUGGAUAAUAAGGAUUAAGGAAAAGCCUAUUAAACAUCAAAUUAGGUUAUGAUUUUACAAAUUAAGCACCAAAACAUCAUGUUAUAAAACAAGUUUGACAGAAAAAGUAGUUCAAUAUGCAGUAAUGCUAUGUAGCAAUUACUGUAUUUAUGAAUUUAGCACCAAAAUAUCAGAAUGUAUUGAAAACAUUGACUACAAAAAUGUGUUGGAUAAUCCAGAACGUUGGAUAAGCGAGUGUUGGAUAAGUGAAACUCUACUGUCUUUGGGACUCCGGCUACCAGAAGCCCCUAUUGCCAGCUUGUCCAAUGGUCAGGGAUUUUGGGAGCUAAAGUCCAAAACACUGCAGGUUGUGCAGGCCUGAGCUAGUGAUUUACAAUAGAGUCUCACUUAUCCAACAUAAACGGGCCGGCAGAAUGUUGGAUAAGUGAAUAUGUUGGAUAAUAAAGAGGGAUUAAGGAAAAGCCUAUUAAACAUCAAAUUAGGUUAUAAUUUUACAAAUUAAGCACCAAAACAUCAUGUUAUACAACAAGUUUGACAGAAAAAGUAGUUCAAUAUGCAGUAAUGCUAUGUAGCAAUUACUGUAUUUACGAAUUUAGCACCAAAAUAUCACAAUGUAUUGAAAACAUUGACUACAAAAACAUUGACUACUAAAAGGCAAACUGCGUUGGAUAAUCCAGAACGUUGGAUAAGCGAAUGUUGGAUAAGUGAGACUCUACUGUAUAAGAAAAUAUGGGUUCCCAAGAGUCUGACUGACAAGUAUCCACUAUUGGAAUAAUAACAAGGUAUUAAAUAUCAUUAAACAUUAUAUUAUACUAUACUGUAUUUACGAAUUUAGCACCAAAAUAUCACGAUGUAUUGAAAACAUUGACUACAAAAAUGCAUUGGAUAAUCCAGAAUGUUGGAUAAGCGAAUGUUGGAUAAGUGAGACUCUACUGUAUGAGAAAAUAUGGGUUCCCAAGAGUCUGAUUGACAAGUAUCCACUAUUGGAAUAAUAACAAGGUAUUAAAUAUAAUUAAACAUUAUAUUAUACUGUAUUUACGAAUUUAGCACCAAAAUAUCACGAUGUAUUGAAAACAUUGACUACAAAAAAGCGUUGGAUAAUCCAGAAUGUUGGAUAAACAAGUGUUGGAUAAGUGAGACUCUACUGCAUCUGAGCAUUUCAAGGAUGAGAUCCUGCAGUGCUUUCACAAAUUUUAUUUGAGGGCAAUAAGAGGUUAUUUUAUAGAACGUAAUUUUUUUUUGUAAGAGUCCUUUCAAUGUCUUUUAAAAACAUGUUUAGAUCCAGAAAUGUAAUGUAUAUGGUCAGAAGCAAAAUACAUUGAAAUGAGAGUAGUUUUGAUGCGUGUAUUUAGUUGGGUCUUAAAAAUUCGUUUAGCUUGAACGCUUUGGUUACAGAAAUACUACAGGAUUGGUAUUAACCUAUCCGCAUGGUUCAAAGCAAUGAAAAGUAAAUGGAAAGUUCUUGGAAGUGACUGAAAAUUUCAACCCUCCAGGUGUUUUGGACUUCAACUCCCACAAUUCCUAACAGCCUACCGGCUGUUAGGAAUUGUGAGAGUUGAAGUCCAAAACACCUGGAGGGAUAAAGUUUGCCUAUGUGUUUUCUAUAGAGAAUUGGUGUAGCUAGAAUUUGGACAAACAUGUUCCAAGAUGAUACACAUACUUGUUGUUCUCAACUUUGGGUCUGCUUUUGAAGUUUUGUACUUAAAAUCCCAGCAUGGCCAAUGGUUAUGCAUUCUGGCAGGUGAAGCUCAAAUCACCUGGAGGACCAGAGAUUGAGAACUAAAGCUAUCUGUAUAGUUUGGUUAUAAUCGAAAAGAAGUAUAGCUUGGUGGCACAGCGAUGGAAAAUGUCCAGUUAUCUCCUUUCGUCCUAAUCCAGGAGCAGAGAUCAUGUAGCUGCUCAUCCUCAGGCAUUGCCAGACUACACCUCCCAGCAUCCAUCAUCAAUAGCUGUACUUACUUGGGCUGCUGGGAGUUGCAGUCACAAUCAAAAGUAUCUCAAAGGAACACAAAAACAAAGGAUGAGAUCAACUGAUGGAUCUAUCAACUAACAUUGGCUGACGGGACGUAAUUUUGGGGAGGUGGAGGAAUAAUAUUUAUAUUUUAAAGAAAGAGAUGUAAAUAGAUAUACUAGAUAAGAGGGCUUUUUUUUUGGUUCACGAAACAGGCAGCAUAAAUCGAGAUGUAAUGUAGUAGGCGUUAUAUCAUGACACGGGGAUGCUCGUUGUGCAAUACCAAGUUGACACACUGUACACUUUUGAUUCAGGCCGUAUUUAUUGAAUAUGGAAUAUGUCGUGUUGAUGACUUAUGAAUGGCCUCACUGUAAUAAAUUGUAUUUUACAUACUGAGAA